CCAUUGCGUGUUGGAAGGCUGAGCGUGUUUUUUCCGAGAUGUAUCGCCGCCGAGGAGUGGAGGAGGUCUUGGAGAAGGACCAGGGCAAGUGGGCACUUCUGCGUAACGUUAACCAGGUGGUGAAACCCAGCACCCUACUACCGGGCGAUUAUGUCUGGCUGGACUUUAAGACAGGCCGGGAGUUUGAUGUACCAGUUGGAGCCGUGGUUAAGCUGUGUGACUCUGGGCAGAUCCAGGUCCUGGAUGAUGAAGGAAAGGAGCAUUGGAUCUCCCCCCAGAAUGCAUCGCACAUUAAGCCCAUGCACCCAACCUCCAUCCAUGGAGUGGAAGACAUGAUCCGUCUGGGGGAUCUUAAUGAGGCUGGGAUCCUUCGUAACCUUCUCAUUAGAUACCGGGAACACCUCAUCUAUACGUACACUGGAUCUAUAUUAGUAGCAGUGAACCCGUACCAGCUUCUGGCCAUUUAUACCGCAGAUCAGAUCCGCCUGUAUACCAACAAGAAGAUUGGAGAAAUGCCGCCACACAUCUUUGCCAUAGCGGACAACUGUUACUUCAACAUGCAGCGCAAUAACAAGGACCAGUGCUGCAUCAUCAGCGGAGAGUCGGGCGCUGGGAAGACGGAAAGCACCAAGUUAAUUCUGCAGUUCCUGGCGGCCAUCAGUGGGCAGCACUCGUGGAUAGAGCAGCAGGUGUUGGAAGCAAACCCAAUUCUAGAAGCUUUUGGCAAUGCCAAGACCAUCCGAAAUGACAACUCCAGCCGGUUUGGAAAGUACAUCGAUAUUCAUUUCAACAAGAAAGGAGCCAUAGAAGGGGCCAAGAUUGAGCAGUAUCUCUUGGAAAAGUCACGGGUUUGUCGACAGGCUAAAGAUGAACGAAAUUAUCACAUUUUCUACUGUAUGCUGAAAGGGAUGCCACCAGAUCAGAAGAAGAGGUUGGGACUUGGACAUGCCACUGACUUCAACUACCUCUGUAUGGGCAACUGUACGACUUGUGAUGGCAGAGAUGACAGUAAGGAGUAUGCUAACAUUCGCUCAGCCAUGAAAGUCCUAAUGUUUACCGACACCGAGAACUGGGAGAUCUCCCGACUCCUGGCUGCCAUACUGCACAUGGGGAACCUUCGCUAUGAAGCCCGAAUGUACGAUAACCUGGAUGCCUGUGAAGUGGUUUAUUCCACCUCAUUGACUACAGCUGCAACAUUACUGGAGGUGGAACCUCAGGACCUCAUGAACUGCCUCACGAGCCGAACCAUUAUCACCAGAGGAGAGACAGUGUCCACCCCUCUCAGCAUGGAGCAGGCCCUGGAUGUCAGGGAUGCCUUUGUCAAGGGCAUAUAUGGACGUCUGUUCGUAUGGAUCGUGGAGAAGAUUAACGGCGCCAUUUACCGACCUGUCUCCCACGAGCCCAAAAUUUCGAGAAGAUCGAUUGGCCUGCUGGAUAUAUUCGGGUUUGAGAACUUCACUGUAAAUAGCUUUGAGCAGCUCUGCAUCAAUUUUGCCAACGAGAACCUGCAGCAGUUCUUCGUCCGCCAUGUGUUUAAGCUGGAGCAGGAGGAGUACAACCUGGAGAACAUAAACUGGCAGCACAUCGAGUUCACUGACAACCAGGACGCCCUGGACAUGAUCGCCCUUAAACCCAUGAACAUCAUCUCGCUCAUCGAUGAGGAGAGCAAGUUUCCAAAGGGUACGGAUACCACCAUGCUGAACAAGCUGAACACUCAGCAUAAACUGAACAGCUUUUACAUCCCGCCCAAAAACAGCUACGAGACGCAGUUCGGAAUCAGCCACUUUGCCGGCGUCGUUUACUACGAGACGAAAGGAUUUCUGGAGAAGAAUCGGGACACCCUCCAUGGUGACAUCAUACAGCUGGUCCACUCUUCUAAAAAUAAAUUCAUCAAACAGAUCUUUCAGGCGGAUGUGGCCAUGGGGGCUGAGACCAGGAAGCGCUCGCCCACCCUGAGCAGCCAGUUCAAACGUUCAUUGGAGCUGCUGAUGAGAACCCUGAGCGUGUGUCAGCCUUUCUUCGUACGAUGCAUAAAGCCCAACGAGUACAAGAAGCCCAUGCUGUUUGACAGAGAGCUGUGCGUCCGUCAGCUUCGGUACUCUGGAAUGAUGGAGACCAUCCGGAUCCGCAGGGCCGGGUACCCCAUACGCUACACCUUCGUGGAGUUUGUGGACCGAUAUCGGGUGUUAAUGCCAGGAGUGAAGCCGGCUUACAAACAGGGAGACUUGCGUGGAACGUGUCAGCGCAUCGCCGAAUGUGUUUUGGGCAAGGAUGAUGAUUGGCAGAUUGGAAAAACGAAGAUUUUCUUAAAGGACCACCAUGACAUGCUGCUGGAAAUUGAAAGAGACAAGGCAAUUACAGACAAGGUUAUUCUCAUCCAGAAAGUGGUGCGGGGCUUCAAGGACAGGUCCAAUUUCUUAAAAGUGAGAAAAUCUGCUAUGUUGAUCCAAAGAUAUUGGCGAGGACACAACUGCAGGAAGAAUUACGCUGUGAUGAGGAUUGGCUUCCUACGGCUCCAAGCUCUAUACCGCUCCCGGAAACUUCACCAGCAGUACCAUAUUGCCCGCAGGCGUAUCAGCCACUUCCAGGCUCAUUGUCGAGGUUUUCUGGUGCGAAAAGCUUUCAGGCACCGGCUCUGGGCGAUCUACACAAUUCAGGCGCAUGCCAAAGGCAUGAUCGCUAGGCGGCUAUACAGGCGCCUUAAAGGAGAGUAUCACCGGCGCCUUGAAGCAGAAAAAAUUCACCUUGCUGAGGAGGAACGUUUGAAGAAGGAGAUGAGCGCCAAGAAAGCCAAACAGGAAGCUGAGAAGAAUCAUCAAGUACGUCUAGCCAAGAUGGCCCGGGAGGAUGCGGAGAGAGAAGUGAGGGAGAAGGAGGAGGCCCGCCGGAAGAAGGAGUUGCUGGACAAGAUGGAGAAGGCCAGAAAUGAACCCGUGAAUGAUUCGGACAUGGUGGACAAAAUGUUCGGCUUCCUUGGAACAACUUCAUCUCUGCCGGGCCAGGAGGGGCAGGCUCCCACAGGAUUUGAGGAUUUGGAGAGAAACCGAGGGGACAUGGAGGAAGCUGAUCUAGAUCAGUCUCUGCCCCUUCCCGAGGAGGAGGAAGAAGAUCUCUCGGAGUAUAAGUAUGCAAAGUUUGCAGCAACCUAUUUCCAGGGGACAACUACCAACACCUACAUAAGGAGGCCCCUGAAGCAGCCUCUCCUCUACCAUGAAGAUGAAGGAGACCAACUGGCCGCUCUUGCUGUGUGGAUCACUAUUCUCCGUUUUAUGGGUGACCUUCCAGAGCCGAAGUACCACACAGCCAUGAGUGAUGGCAGCGAGAAGAUCCCCGUCAUGACAAAGAUCUAUGAGACCCUGGGGAAGAAGACUUAUAAGAGGGAGCUCCAGGCACUACAAGGAGAAGGGGAGAGCUCUCACAUUGACAGCCUGAAGAAGAACAGCGUACGCCAUAAACUGGUCUCUCUAACGCUGAAGAAAAAGUCCAAGUUAACUGAAGAGGUAACAAAAAGACUUCAUGAUGGAGAGUCUACACUGCAGGGGAACAGCAUGCUGGAAGAUCGGCCCACUUCAAACCUGGAGAAACUCCAUUUCAUUAUCGGCAAUGGGAUCCUGAGACCAGCACUGCGGGAUGAAAUCUACUGCCAAAUAUGCAAACAGCUUACCCAGAAUCCUUCAAAAAGCAGCCAUGCCCGUGGCUGGAUCCUGAUGUCCCUCUGCGUUGGAUGCUUUGCACCCUCUGAGAAAUUUGUCAAGUACUUGAGGAACUUCAUCAGUGGCGGCCCCCCAGGAUAUGCGCCAUACUGCGAGGAGCGGCUGCGGAGGACGUUUGCUAAUGGCACCAGGACACAGCCACCUAGCUGGCUGGAACUUCAGGCUACAAAGUCCAAGAAGCCCAUCAUGUUACCGGUGACGUUCAUGGACGGAACAACAAAAACACUCCUCACUGACUCGGCCACCACAGCGAAGGAGCUCUGCAACGCAUUGGCCGACAAAAUCAGCCUGAAGGACCGCUUUGGCUUUUCGUUGUAUAUAGCGCUGUUUGAUAAGGUGUCCUCGCUGGGCAGCGGGAAUGAUCAUGUGAUGGACGCUGUGUCUCAGUGUGAGCAGUACGCCAAGGAACAGGGGGCGCAGGAGCGGAAUGCCCCAUGGAGACUUUUUUUCAGGAAAGAGAUCUUUACCCCCUGGCAUGAUCCUACUGAGGACAAUGUAGCCACCAACCUUAUCUAUCAGCAGAUUGUCAGAGGGGUGAAGUUCGGAGAGUACAGGUGUGACAAGGAGGAAGAUCUGGCAGAGCUGGCCUCCCAGCAGUACUUUGUGGACUAUGGGUCUGAGCUGAUCAUGGAGAGAUUGCUAAAUCUUAUACCUUCGUACAUCCCAGAUAGAGAGAUCACACCAUCCAAGAAUGUGGAGAAAUGGGUGCAGUUCAUAAUCGCUGCACACAAAAAGGGCAUAUAUGCUCAGAAGAGGUCCGAUGCCCAGAAAGUGAAGGAGAACGUGGUGGAUUUUGCCCGAUUUAAGUGGCCUUUGCUGUUCUCUAGAUUCUAUGAGGCCUUCAAGUUCUCAGGACCAAGUCUGCCAAAGAACGAUGUGAUCGUGGCCGUUAACUGGACCGGGGUCUACUUUGUGGACGAGCAGGAGCAAGUUCUUCUUGAACUUUCCUUCCCUGAGAUCAUGGCUGUAUCCAGCAGCAGAGGGGGAAAGUUGCAGGGUCAGAGUUUCACCCUGGCUACCAUCAAAGGGGAUGAGUACACCUUCACCUCCAACAACGCAGAGGACAUCAGAGACCUGGUAGUGACUUUCCUGGAGGGAUUGAGGAAAAGAUCCAAAUAUGUGGUGGCUCUCCAGGACAAUCUGAAUCCAGCAGGUGAAGACUCGGGAUUCCUCGGCUUUCAGAAAGGAGAUCUGAUCACUCUGGACCAGGAUACGGGGGAAACCGUCAUGAAUGCAGGCUGGGCUAAUGGAUACAAUGAACGGAGCAAACAGAAAGGAGACUUCCCUACUGAGAUUGUCUAUGUGAUGCCAACCGUCACUAAGCCUCCCUCGGAGAUUGUGGCUUUAGUUACAAUGACUCCAGAUGAGAAGCAGGAUGUUGUGCGGACUGUGCAAAUGACCACGCACGAGGAGGAGGAGAAGGUUAAGCCGUACACGCUGGAAGAAUUCUCCUAUGACUAUUUCAGGCCGCCUCCGAAACACACACUGAGCCGCGUCAUGAUCACUAAAAACCGUGGGAAGGACAAACUGUGGUGCUACACCCGAGAGCCAAUUAAACAAGCCCUUCUAAGGAAAGUGCUGAUAAGUGAUGAGCUGUCACAGGAGGCCUGCAUGGCAUUUAUUGCAAUGCUAAAGUAUAUGGGGGACUACCCGUCUAAGCGUAUGCGAUCGGUCAACGAGCUGACAGAUCAGAUCUUUGAAGGUGCCUUAAAAGCAGAAUCACUAAAAGACGAGAUCUACUGUCAGAUCCUAAAGCAGCUCACCGAAAACCACAUCAAGUACAGCGAGGAGAAGGGAUGGGAGCUGCUGUGGUUGACCACCGGGCUUUUCCCACCCAGCAACAUUCUGCUUCCCCAAGUGCAGAGGUUCAUCCAGUCCCGCAAGCAGCAUGUCCUGGCCGCAGACUGCAUGCACAGGCUUCAGAGAGCCAUCCGGAAUGGCUCCAGGAAGUACCCGCCACAUCUGGUAGAGGUGGAAGCGAUUCAGCACAAAACCACCCAGAUUUUCCACAAAGUAUACUUCCCAGAUGACACAGAUGAGGCAUUCGAAGUCGAGUCUAGCACCAAAGCCAAGGAUUUCUGCCAAGAUAUUGCUAACCGGCUGCUCCUGAAAUCCCCGGAAGGUUUCAGCCUGUUUGUAAAGAUUUCUGAUAAGGUUAUAAGUGUCCCAGAAGGAGACUUUUUCUUUGACUUUGUCAGACAUUUGACGGACUGGAUAAAGAAAGCCCGGCCGUCCAAGGAUGGAAUAGUGCCUUCUCUCACCUACCAAGUGUUCUUCAUGAAAAAAUUGUGGACAAAUACAGUUCCCGCAAAGGAUCCGAUGGCUGACUCCAUCUUCCACUACUAUCAGGAGCUCCCGAAAUACUUACGCGGAUACCAUAAGUGCACGAGGGAAGACGUCCUCCAGUUGGCUGCUCUGAUCUACAGAGUCAAGUAUGAAGAUGAUAAGUCCUAUUUCCCAAAUAUCCCCAAGAUGCUGAAAGAACUAGUUCCUCAAGAUCUCCUCCGGCAGCUGAAUCCCGAUGACUGGAAGAGGUCCAUUAUUGCCUACUUCAAUAAACACGCCGGGAAAACCAGAGAGGAGUCCAAGGUCGCCUUUCUGAAGAUCAUCUUCAAGUGGCCAACAUUUGGUUCAGCCUUUUUUGAAGUCAAGCAAACCACAGAGCCUCAUUUUCCGGAAAUUCUCCUGAUCGCAGUGAACAAGCACGGUGUCAGCCUGAUAGACCCCAAGACAAAGGAUAUUUUGGCCACUCACCCUUUCACAAAGAUCUCCAACUGGAGCAGUGGAAAUACUUACUUCCACAUCACCAUUGGGAACCUGGUGCGAGGCAGCAAGCUGCUCUGCGAGACGUCACUGGGGUACAAGAUGGACGACCUCUUGACGUCCUACAUCAGCCAGAUGCUGACGUCGAUGAAUAAACAACGAGGAGCGAAGGGCAGCAAGUGAACUGAGGGGCAACGCUGGCAACUGGCCGUAGAUUUGAUUCGCUCUUCCAAGCCCGUGGGCUACCCGUGCAGCUGGGGCAAGAGCUUUUGUCCUCAGGUAUGGAACAUGAACAGAGCCGAGUCCCGGGCUUCCUCCGGCUCAGAGACUGAAGGUUCAACUUCCCUGUCCAGCGAGGACGACUACCUGUGACUGACGCGGGCAGCUUUGGUCAUGGUUUGGUUUACAGCAACGGGCCACAAACUGGGAGCACGGAGUGACAUCAAUGAUCAGAAAUAUCACUUAAGAAGAGUUUCCACUGUAAGGCUAC